CAUCUGACAAGCAUCUGGUGCAGAAAGUUUCCUCUCCCCUGUUCCCCUCUAGGAAGCCCCGCAAAAUUAGCUCAACUGAGAGGUACUUCAGACAGUGCGGACAGAACAGUGUGGAGACAGAGAAAGGUACAGGACAAAGAAAGGCAGGGUAAGAAACAGAUGAGAGACCUUGGAGGAGGUGCAGGGAAAAAAUGCAGAGAUGUAGUAAACGCUGAAGCGGUUUGAGCAUAUAUUAGGGAGACACAGGAGAAAGGAAAAAAAGGCAGUUAAAAAAAGAAAAAAAAGGAGGAAAAGAAAGAAAGGGAGUACAGCCAACUGGCAUAGUUUAACUUUUUCAGCUCAGCUCUAAAAGUCUGAGGCAGUUCAGACUCCAAACCACACGGACCUAGAUCCUUUCUGCACACUGCAGUAUGGAGAGGCUGUAAAACGAGGAUAUAGGGAGGGCAGUGCAGUUUGAGCUACAGUUUUGUUUUGCUGUGGAUUCUGCACGUUCAGCCUCCACGGCACGUCCUAGCACACGCUAAAUUCUGUUAUCCUUCAACAUUAAAUGCCAGACCUACAGUACAAUGGGCCUGCAGAAUGGAGUAUGACAUUGAUUUCUACAAACAUUUCGCCUGGCUCAAAAAGGUAAACCCCCGCUCCAGCGCGAACACAGAGUCCUACCAGGAGCGGUUAUCACGUCUGGAGGGAGACAAAGAGUCACUAAUUCUGCAGGUGAGUGUGCUGACAGACCAGGUGGAAGCUCAGGGGGUGAAAAUCAGCGAUUUAGAGAAUUCGCUGGUGGAGCAUCAGCACAAACUCAACUCCACCGAGGAGAUGCUACAGCAGGAACUCGUGCAUAGAACGUCACUGGAGAGCCAGAAGUUGAGUCUUAUGGGGGAGGUGUCCUACCUAAAACUCAAGCUGGCAGACAUGGAGGGAAAUCAGGGCCAUGGGGCUGAGAGGCAGCACAAAGCAGAGACUGUAGUGAAUUUCAUUAGUGAGCUGCAGGAGCAGAUGUGUCAGUUUCAAAAGGAGAUCAAUAGCAAGAUCCAGGAGAAAAAGGCCUUGGAGGGCCCGGCUGACAGCAGGUCUCCGAUGGCGUGUUCCGCCGAGUCCACUGAGGGCCAGGCCUCAAACCCGGGGAUGUCCUGUGACAGGACCUCAGAUGCGAUGCGCAAACAAGAGGAAACUCCAAAUGGGCCUGAUGGGAACACACGCAGCGUGGAAGAGUGUAGCUCAGACGGGGAGCAGCAGUACCACUCUGGAGGAGAGAGUGGCUUACUUAAUGAGCUCAGGAUCCUCAAGGAUAAAGUGGAGCACCUGGAAGACCAGAAGUUACAAUAUGAAAAGAAACUCAAAGCAACAAAGGCAGAGAUCUCCAGCCUUCAGCAGCUUCUGCUCACUAAGAACGCCGAGAUCGAGAGCUUGCACACUCAGCUGCUGUCCAGACCCUCGCUAACCACAGAGAGCUCAGAGAGAGAGGAGAUGUACAGGAAGAGGCUAAACACCAAAUAUCAAGAACUGCAGAAGCUUAGAAGUGGAAUGAAGUCGCUAGUAGCUGCCAAUGAUGAAAAGGACCGACGCAUUGAAGAGCUCACUCUGCUCCUCAAUCAGUGCAGUCAGUUCAGAGAGGUCACUAACAUCACAAGGCAAGCAGCUCCAUCUGCUGUUCGCUCGUUGUCAAAUGGCAGGACUCUGUCCAGCAGUAGUGAGGAAGAAGAGCAGGGACUGAUGAAGAACGGUGACUCUGUCAGCGCAAAAUCUGAUGACACCAAGUCUGAAGUUUCAACAAACAGUUCUUCCUCCCGACAGACAUCUCUUCUAUCAGCCCAGAAAGACAGUGAUUCCAGAACAGAAUCCCAAACCCUAUCGAGUAGCAUGAAUGAUGUAACUAAUGGACAUUCACAAAAGAGCGGUCUGAGUGACUCCAGAAGUCAGACGCUGCCUGUGAAUUCCUCUCUGUCAGAGCAAAACGAGACGGGAGACAGUAGCAGUGAAAUCCAGAGUCAAAGGUCUCCAGAUGGGAGCGAAGACGGAGACUCCAGCCAAAGGAAGCUGGAGAAAGCUGAUGACAGCAUGUCAAGUGAUAAUUCCCCUGUUCACUCUGAGGCGAGCACACAGCCUGGCCAGCGCGCGGUGGGCUCAGCAGAAUACAUGAAGAAUAACAGGAGCUUCAAGAGACUCUGGGGAAAACUUCGAAGAACCCAGUCUGGAGGAUUCCAGGCAGCAGAUCCAGAUGCUGGCCAGUUUAGAAGAGGAGGACUGCGCGCGACAGCUGGGCCCAGACUGACCCGAACACCUGAAUCUUGUAGCACUGUGCGUGACUUGAAUAUUCCAUUCAGCCAGUGGACCAAGGAGCAGGUGUGUGGCUGGCUAGAGGACUAUGGACUGGGUCAGUACGUCAGUCUCAGCAGACAGUGGGUGGAAAACGGACAGACGCUUCUGUCUGCCACACCUCAGGAUUUUGAGAAGGAGAUGGGUAUGAAGAAUCCACUGCACAGGAAGAAGCUGCAGCUCGCUCUGAGGGCAUUCACCACUAAGGUUAUAGAGAAAUCAUCAGAGCUGGACCACAUCUGGGUCACACGCUGGUUGGAUGAUAUUGGUUUGCCUCAGUAUAAAGACCAGUUCCACGAAGCUCGAGUAGACGGACGGAUGAUACAAUAUCUCACAGUGAACGAUCUCUUGACUCUGAAGGUUACCAGCCAGCUGCACCACCUCAGUAUUAAAUGUGCAAUCCAUGUGCUUCAUGCCAACAAGUUCAACCCAAACUGUCUUCGACGCAGGCCGGGGGAGGAGAAGCAGCCCUCUCCUUCAGAGGUGGUGCAGUGGUCUAACCAUCGGGUGAUGGAGUGGCUCAGGGCCGUGGAUUUAGCUGAGUACGCUCCCAAUCUGCGGGGCAGUGGUGUUCAUGGUGGGCUGAUUAUCUUGGAACCUCGCUUCAGCUCAGAGACCUUGGCCCUGCUCUUAAAUAUUCCCCCACAGAAGACUUUGCUCCGCCGUCACCUUGCCACUGCCUUCUCUGCCCUGGUGGGGGCUCAGGCCACGCAAGAGAAACGGGAAUAUGGCAAUGCUACGGGCCACGUGCCCCUCACCACCACGGCUAAAGUAAAGCCAAAGAAGCUGGGCUUCACCCAAUUCAGUCACCUCAGAAAGAGAAAACCUGAUGAAUCAGCAGACUACAUCUGCCCAAUAGACAGCAGCGCGCUAACAGUGAAUGGGGUUUCUCGCUUGCCCUCUGCAGCACUCAGGGGCCUUAGCCCCAGUUUGGACAGACAGGCUGAGAGGAGGGAACAAGUGGGGAUAAAAGCUCCAAGUAAUGACCCCAAAGAAUAAUUUCAAAUAACAAACCUCUCCCCUGUGCUCCUUUCUAAAUGACUAUUAAUCAGCGGAAAUAUCUACACUUGCCGUAUGCAUCCAUAUGGCGACUAGCUGGAUGGGCUGCAAAAAUGCUGCACAGUAUUUAGCAGGUUUUGUUAUUUGUUGUUAAUCUAUUUUUAAUCAGGUGUUACAUAAACAAUAUUCAUCUUGAAAUAAUGUUGGUGACUGUUGACAUUGUGUGAAUUGUUGCUCUCUGCAUUCCUUACAGUCGUAUUCCAAAGUCUGAACAUUUGCGUUCACUUCAGUGCCUUUUGCUGACCAUUUUGUACUAUUAUGUAUUUUUAGGGAUAAUAUUGAUGUUCAUUACUUGUUGUAUAUCUGGAUUGUCUGUACAGUAUAAUAAUUGAAACCAAAUUCCUUAAGGAUGGAUGUUUCUGUCUCGGUUAUUUUCUGGAUAGCUGAUAAACUGAAAAAAACAAAACUAUCAAAUCAAAGUACUGAUCCUAAUCGCUAUCUUACUAUUCAGCUCCUUUAAAUAAUCCGUUGCUACAUGUAAUUAUUCUUCACAAAUGUUAAUGUCUCAUCUCGUUAAACAUCUCGUCAACCAUUUUGUCUUGUUUUUUGAGUUUUUGUUUAUUUUUGGUGGGGAUACCACAGUAUCAGCCUUCACCAAAACAGAUGUUUUUGCUGUUGUACUUCAAUGCUCACGCCUGUUUCUGAAAAGCUGUAGUUGUAGCUAAAUUACAGCAUACAACACUUAUGCCAGGAAACAGGUGUUGCUUUCAUGUGUAAGAGUUGAAAAUAUUAGCAUUGCUGCAGAAUACUUUAUUACAGUGUUGUAUGCUGGAUGGACUUAAUGUUAGGAUAACGUCACUUCCUGGAACGUUCUUAAGAUGCUGAAUGGGCAGCUGAUCCUACACUGCCCACUUCUGGUGAAACAUUUGAAAUGCAUGAAGACUUAACUUACUCAUUGUUAUACAUGAGGCUGGAAUGGAGAAUGUUUUGAUUUGGUUGAUGAGUUCCUCAAAAAUAAAUGGAUCAAACAAUCAA